CUCUGCCUUCUCUUAAUUUACAGAAGUUUGCGGAAACAUGAUUCUCCCUUAAGCAGAAGAUCAUUUUGGGGCUUCUUUCUCUUUUUUCAUCCGUGAAAUGGCUGGAGAUAUAGUCUAUGCUGACAUCAAAACUGUGAGGACCUCCCCUUUAGAACAUUCAUCUCCACUUUCGAGAUCUGAUUCUCACCAUCAUGGAAUUUUCAUGAAAGUUGGAUGUGCAAUGAUCAUCAUCCUCUUGGUAAUAGUAAUUAUACUGAGCAUUUUGGUUGUCCAGUUCAACUCUGCAAGACACACCAAUGUGGAUAAUGAACAAAAAGGGAAACCCUGUACUGGGGGAAAUAAAUCUGAAACGAUCACCUCAACUGUUUCUUCCAACUCUUCAACUGUCCAUAAAUCUUGCCCCACCAAAGACUGGAAGCUGCAUGGGGGGAAUUGUUACUGGGUUGCUGAAACUAAGAAAUCUUGGCAUGAAAGUCAAAAUGAAUGUGCCAUGAAAAAUUCACAUCUCAUAGUGAUCCAAGACUUUACUGAUAUGAGUUUCCUGUGGUUGUAUCAAAAAUCUUCAGCCUUUUAUUGGAUUGGCUUGAAUAUUCCACCUGAAGGGGAGUCGUGGACCUGGGUGGACAACAGCUCUUUCAAUCUCAGCCACCUGUUUUCAAUAAACAAAAAUGAACCACAGACCCGAAGCAAGAAAUGUGCCGAGGUGUCUGGCAAUAUUAUUACUGCACAAAAUUGUAGGAAUUAUAAUCAGUGGAUCUGUGAACUGUAAUCCACUCUGCAGAAAGUCAGUCUUCAUUUCUGCAACUGAAAGACAAACAGGCCAUCAAGUUGGAACUCACAGGAAAGUCCGGCAGGUUCUCUGUGUCUUAGAUGGCUCUGUGCACAAGCAUGCGUGUGUAUAUGGGUGUGUAUUUGUGUGUGUUCUUUUAUGAUUCGCGUGGGUAUAGUACUACUUCUCAGAGUUGUAGGAAGGAUGAUAGAUGAAAUAAAAUGUUAUAAAAAUGCUUAGUAUGAAGAAAAUUGUUUUUGUCUGAAUUAGUUAUUCAAUCAUUAUAGUCUUAUUUUGUCUAUAUUUUUGAAACUUCAGUCUUACCUUUUCAUGCAUAUGGUGGAUACCUUCUUGCAUACCCCUUGGUUGCAUGCUUUUGUGGAAAAUAAAAUUUCCAUUUUAUUAUGGUUC